AAUGGUCCGACAGCCAAAAAGUGGGAUAUUCUAGCCCUCCAGGAAGCUUGCGAAGACCGACUACGCAACACCAAGUCCAAUCGACAAUGGCACACACUCUACCCGACGCAACACUACACCCACCCAGAACAAAAAACCCGUGCUGUUAUGCUCGUUAGCACAUCUCUGAACACAAACGAUUGGAAGCAGCUUCCCUUUCCCUCCUCGGACGUCGUCGUCAUUCAACUAUCCACCCCCUUCGGAAAUUGUACCAUAUUCAACAUUUACAACGACGGAAAGAAACAAGACACCAUUCACGCUCUCGAA